CCGCCGCCCGCCGGCGCUGCCGCCGCUGCUUCCGGACGGGGGAUGGGGGGUGGCGGUGGCCGCCGCCGCCGCCGAGGAGAGGCACGGGCAGGGCGCGGAGGAGCCGCUCCCGCAGCGCCCAGGGCCGGCGCGGCGGCACCGCCACUCGGCGGCAGAGCUCCCUUGUGCAGCUGGACACAGUGUCUGUGCCACCUCCACAGAGCAGCUGAUCAUGCUGUGCUCUGGAGUGGCAAGGGCUCAGAAGACAUUUCCUGGCAUUUAAGUGCCCCUCCUGUUUGGUAGGGGGUGCGUCUUGCUGGAUAUCAGAGCAGGUCAGUGUGAUUGGCGGAUAAAGGGGCAGGAUGGCAGGCAAUAACCAACUCUGCAUUCGACGUUGGACUACCAAGAACGUGGCCAAGUGGCUGAAGGAAGAAGGCUUCUGUGAAUACGUGGAUCUUUUGUGCAACAGACACAGGCUAGAUGGAAUUACCCUGCUGACACUUACUGAGUAUGACUUGCGAUCUCCUCCUCUGGAAAUCAAAAUCUUGGGGGAUAUCAAGAGGCUGAUGUUGUCCAUACGCAAACUGCAGAAGCAGCACGUUGAUGUCCUGGAAGAGCUGGGUUACACCAGUGAUGGUCAUGCUGGCACAGUGUGCCCAGCUGGUUCACUACAGGGGGGAGAUUGGUUUUGUAAUGGUGAAGUACCUCGGGACUAUGAUGGACCAAUUACUGACUUGAAUGGUGAUCAGUAUCAAUAUGCAAAUGGAAAAAACAAACAUGCCACACGAAGACUGGACCCAGAGUACUGGAAGACAGUUUUAAGUUGUGUGUAUGUCUUCAUAGUGUUUGGCUUUACAUCGUUUGUCAUGGUGAUAGUACACGAGCGAGUACCUGACAUGCAAACAUAUCCACCUCUGCCGGACAUAUUUCUAGAUAGUGUCCCUAGGAUACCAUGGGCUUUUGCUAUGACUGAAGUAUGUGGUGUAAUUCUUUGCUACAUUUGGCUCUUGGUUCUUCUGCUUCACAAACACAGAUCUAUACUGCUGCGCAGGCUGUGCAGCCUCAUGGGGACAGUGUUCCUAUUACGCUGCAUUACAAUGUUUGUUACCUCACUCUCGGUGCCGGGACAGCACUUGCAGUGUACUGGAAAGUUGUAUGGCAAUGUUUGGGCAAAACUCCAGCGGGCAUUUGCAAUAUGGAGUGGCUUUGGAAUGACUCUGACUGGAGUGCAUACGUGUGGAGAUUAUAUGUUCAGUGGUCACACUGUUGUCCUGACCAUGCUCAACUUCUUUGUCACAGAAUAUACACCAAGGAGCUGGAACUUCUUGCACACCUUGUCCUGGGUCUUGAAUCUCUUUGGAAUCUUCUUCAUUUUGGCUGCACAUGAACAUUAUUCUAUAGAUGUCUUCAUUGCCUUUUACAUCACCACAAGGCUCUUUUUGUAUUACCAUACAUUGGCUAAUACUAGAGCAUAUCAUCAGAGUAGGAGGGCAAGGAUAUGGUUUCCAAUGUUUUCUUUUUUUGAAUGCAAUGUUAAUGGUACUGUUCCCAAUGAGUAUUGCUGGCCCUUUUCAAAACCUACUAUACUAAAAAGAUUAAUUGGUUGAGGACUGUGUGGGUCAGUUCACAGUUUUAUGAAGCAUUAUUACUAAGAUCCUACAAGGCUUGCUACAAGGGGGAAGUCAAGUAACAUUUUUCACUCCAUGAUCUCCUCCUUGCCUUGUUUCUUGGAUUCUUAGCCAUAAAAUGGGGUUUCCAUACUUUACAAGGAUGUGUUUUGUUUUCUCCUUGAGAAAACAGAAAACAAUGCAGAGAUGCAUAAAGGCUAUCAGUGAAGCACGACUAUAAACCAGAAUACUGUUACCCUUGGUAAGGUUCUGUGUGAAUGUUUAUGGAACAUUAACCUGCAAUAUGUAUUGAAUAUAACACACCCUUUACAGGUCCAGAUAAUCUUUGUUACCCGAGUGCCAGCCUUUACAUAUACUGACAAAAAAUUUAAAACUUUAUAAAGCCUUUCUUUGAAAGCAGUCAUAAAUGUAAUUUUUAAAACAAACUGUGUAUAUUUAGUGAUUGAGGAGAUCUGUGUCAUAAUGAAGAAAACAGUAUAGUUCCAUGCUGAGAGGGUCUCUUAACUGUUAAAUUUCAAGUCUUGACAGUAUAAAUGAUCUGCGUACAGGUUGCCAAAAAUGAAAGUCUGCCUUGUGGCUGUGCAGUGAUGAUAUUUUUUUAAAUGAGAACUUAUUUAGUCUAGUCUUAUCAGUUGUCUGUAUGGUUGUUCUAGCACUUGAAAGUUUUCCCUUUUAUGUUUAAAUGAGUUACAGUGAGUGGAACAUCCACUGAAAGUAAACUUAGCUGACGUGAGUUUAAAGCCACAAAGUAACUUUUGUGUGGUCUUAAUUGCUUUAUACCCAAAUUCGUGCAUGCUUUUCAGGAGCAGUUCUUUAAUGUUGGAAAAACAGAACAGUUGUCUUCGUGUGUCUUACUGUCCUGUAAAUGGAUGGGGAAAAUGCAUGUAGUAACUCUUUCAGGAAUAGUAAUAAUAGUGAGUAUUGGAAAUAGUGCUCAUGUUGAUGUAUGUUUUAGCACUCUGGUGUCAGCAAUAUGGUGACUAUCUCUGGAUAUAUAUUUAUGCACAGUAUAUUUGGUUAUAUAUAUAUAAACACACAGUAUAUGUUUUUCUAACAACUAUGAAAAGAGGCUAGUUCUUAAUUUAAGUUGCUUACUUACUACCCUGAAAGAUACCAUGAACAGUUGAGUUUUGCUUGUUGAAAAAAACCAAACCACAACCCACAACAAAACAUCCCCCAAAACCUCAAACCAACACUCUCAGUCCAUAGUGCAUGAGCAGGGUCACACUAGGGUUGAUGAUCUCUUAGGCAGUGGAUUGUGAAGGGACAAUACUAAUGUAGUCUCUAGAGCCUUGAAAUUAGAUUUGUGCUAAAUGAAAACUGAUAGGUACAAGGUACAAAAUCAUAAAAAUGGCAUAGGCCUUUUAAUUUGAUUAUUGCAAGUUCAGAUGUGCAAAUGUAGUGUAAGUCAGCUUUAGAAAAUUACACAAAUAAUUCCCAGCUUGGUACAAGGUGACUUAAUGGGCACUAUGUACUUGUGUGUGCAUAGAAAUGAAUCCACUUGGAAUUUGCGAGGUUCUGUGUUUGGGGGCUUGUAACCUACUGUGGGCUACUCCUUGCUGUAUUGUGUUCUUUUUAUAAACCUUGAUUGUACUAACUUGACUACCUUACACUCUUCGUAGUAUAUUAUUUUUGUAACUUAAUUUAGCUCCUGUUCCACAGAAAAAUUAUGCAUCUUGGAGUAUCUCUGCCAACUGCAACGAGCACAUGUACACUGUACUAUUACAGAGAUUUUUAUAUUUAUAACAUUCCAAUUUUUUAGCAAAAUUGCAGGUUUAAUAAUAUAUUGUUCAAUCUACCAUAGCCUGAUGGCUUUUGCCAUCCAAAUUGGGGGAGUAUGCUUACACUUAAAAAAAAAGAAAA